UGGACACUUGAUAAUUUAAUUCACAGAAAAUGUAAUCAUAACUCUCACACAGUGCUCACUGUAGUUUUCUGCCAAGAGAACAGACAUACACAACAUAGUUAUAAUAAAGAUAUGAACAUUAAGAAAUGAAAUAAUAGCUGAAUAAUUCAUAAUCAGCAUUUAAAAGCUUGGAAAUGAAGUACAAGAGCAGCAGUCCUUAAUUAUAAUAGAGAAAUCAUUUCAUUAUCAGUCUGAUCUAAACCACAACUACAGCGGAAUUUAUUUCCUCUUUCCUUCCAGUAGGCAUGCUGGUUUCUGUAUCUGUGGUUAUUAUGUACAUGAACAUAUUGGUCUCAAAUACCUGGCAUACCUGGCAGUUAAUGGCGAUCGGAAGUCGAUCUUUUCUUUGACACGUUAGAAACAAAUACAAGCAAGAAACACGAAAACAAACUUGGAAUAUCAGUGUGCGCAUCUAUUCUAGGACACUUUAAUGAAAAUAUAGCACACCGGGGCGAUUAUGUAGAGCCCUAAAUAUAUCUGUGCAACAUUCUUCACUGACCUACUUCUAUUAGCCAAUAACUAUUCAGUAAUAAUAACUGACAUACAUGCGGUGAAAUAAAUACAUAAAUAAAUACAUAAAAUCAUUUUUCCAGCGCUUCCACAAACAACAGAGAGCCGCACCACAGCCCUGUGUCAGUAUCAGGUGCGGCUCCAUCGCUCGCUGCAGGUUUUCGGGGGGGGGGGCGGAGCGUUAGGAGGAGAUCUCCCUCCUCUUUAAAAAAAAUAAAAAAGUGAGGAGCGCACAGGCUGUCCGUCACCUCGCACUGGCAGAGAAAUUAUGAUUCCGAGAAGAGCUGCUCCUGCGCUUCAGCAAUUAAGACAACACUUCCACUGCGAUUAAUUCCAUCAGAAAUCUCCGAGCCUCGCUGAGUGCGGUCCCCGCUCAACUAUCUUCUGCUCCAUAGCCUCCCUCGCUCUCUCCUGCCUUCUUCUUCUGCGCUGGAUCUUUCGUGCCAGAAAAUGUGCGUGGAGAGCGAUGGAUGCGAGAUUGAAGGCUGCAGCAGCUCGGAUGAGGUGCGCACGCUGUCGGGCAGCAUGAGUCCCGGACUGAAAUCCAACCCGGACCUUCACCCCUGCAGACCGGGGCAGAAAUUCCGCGCCGCGCUGCUGAAAUGCCGCUCACCGGCCGCCGCCGCCGGGAUCCUCAGUUUUGGGAACGUCCUCAAUUACAUGGAUAGAUACACCGUAGCCGGUGUUGUGCUCGACAUUCAGCGGAAUUACAACGUAUCAGACAGCAGAAUCGGCUUGCUGCAAACAGUUUUCAUCUGUAGCUUCAUGGUGGCAGCUCCCAUCUUUGGUUACCUGGGCGACCGCUUCAACAGAAAGGUCAUCCUGAGCUGUGGCAUUUUCUUCUGGUCCAUUGUUACCCUGUUAAGCUCCUUCAUCAGUAAAGAGUACUUCUGGCUGUUUGUGCUCUCCAGAGGACUCGUGGGCAUCGGAGAAUCCAGCUACUCCUCCAUCUCUCCCACCAUCAUAGGAGACCUCUUUACUAGUAACACCCGCACCAUGAUGCUCUCUGUCUUCUACCUGGCCAUCCCCCUGGGAAGCGGGCUGGGCUACAUCCUGGGCUCCAGCGCCAAGGAGGCUGCAGGAGACUGGCACUGGGCACUAAGGGUGUCCCCAAUUUUAGGCAUCACUGCAGGCUUUCUCAUCCUGCUCUUUGUCCCUGACCCAAAGAGAGGGAGCGCCGAUCAGCUGGGAGGUCGCAUCAGGAGCCGCACCUCCUGGUUGUGUGACAUGAAAGCGCUCGCCAAGAAUCGGAGCUAUGUGUUCUCCUCCUUGGCUUCGGCAGCAGUCUCCUUUGCCACGGGUGCGUUUGGUAUAUGGAUUCCUGGCUACCUGUUUAGAGCCCGGGUGGUGCAGAAGACGGCAGAGGCUUGCACAAAAGAGAUUUGCAGUAGCACAGACAGCAUGGUGUUUGGGGCCAUCACAUGUGUGACGGGGCUGUUAGGCGUGGUCAUCGGGGCUCUCACCACACGCCUGUGUCGCCAGAAGACAGAACGAGCCGACCCUCUCGUGUGCGCCGUCAGCAUGCUGGGCUCGGCCAUCUUCAUCUGCCUCAUCUUCGUGGUGGCCAAGAAGAGCAUCAUUGGCGCUUACGUUUGUAUCUUUAUUGGAGAGACGCUGCUUUUCCUCAACUGGGCCAUAACAGCAGACAUCUUAAUGUUUGUUGUUAUACCCACGCGGAGAGCAACAGCUGUCGCGUUUCAGAGCUUCACCUCUCAUCUCCUGGGUGAUGCAGGAAGUCCAUACCUGAUAGGCCUGAUCUCCGACGCCCUUCAGCAGAAGUACACUACAUCAGCACUGUGGCGGUUCCUGAGUUUGGGCUAUGCCCUCAUGCUUUGCCCCUUCAUCAUCGUCCUGGGGGGCAUGUUUUUCCUGGCUACCGCGCUCUAUUUCCUGGAUGACAAAGACAAAGCCGAGGCCCAGUGUAACCAGGCAACACAGCCCCCGUCUUCAGUCAAGGUAUGACCAGGUGACGAGCAAAUGAGGAGCUACCUGAACGCACAACCACACCUGACAAAGGAUGACUAGACGGCAAUAAAAAGAAAGGCUUCUUUAUGCUCCCAGUCAUCCUCCCCCACGAUCAUCAUCAUCCUCCUCCUCCUCUUGGCUCCUGCUGCUCUCUGUUUUUUGCAGUCUCGCUGAGGUGACUCGGAACUGGAAAGAGGGAGCGUCUUGCCCCUCCAUCUAAACCACAGCCCAGUGAGAAGGUGCUCAAGCCACCCUCCAGUUAGAUCGUGUCCUCCUCGCCUCUGUCUGUGAGGAUCCGCUGAACUUUUGAAGGAUAAGGUGCAGGCAAAGUCCCCUGUAAGCCCUCCUGAUGCUAAACUACUGAAUGCUGACCACGAACCUGCCCUGUCUGUCUGCCUGUCUGUCUCUUAUCGGCUGUCGAUCCGCAACAAGUGCCAUAGCAUCAUUACAUUCCUUCAGAUUUGCACUGACCGCCAACAGCCCUUGUGAAUUCAUCACUAGCUUUGUUUACAUGCAUUCGUCAAAGCCACGCAUGCUCUGCUGAAGCUAAAGCAGCCUCAUCGGUUUCUCUGUGGCGCCCUCGCACGCUGGCUUUCUGUGCUUGAAGCCUGUAAACAGACGAGAUGCCAGGAGCCAGUGAUGCAACCGCAGGGAAACGCAGCAGCGGUGCAGGUGUUGUUUAUCUCUUCAAACAAGCCUCCGAUAAUGCGACUAAUGUCGCAUUACUCAUCACAGUCUCACCGCAGUAACGGCAGAAACGUGAAAUUCAGUGUUUACACUAUAAAUCCAGUAUUUUCACAGUGAAAGUUUUGCCGUGCAUGUAAACAAGCUAGAGCCAAAAAUGUGUUGCUUUGGAAAAGGUCAGUGAACAAGCCUUAAAGUCGGAGCUUUCACACCUGCAGAUGUUUUCUUUGAGCCCCGUGUGCGUUUCCACACGUUAUGUUCGGAUUGUGUUUGUCUGUGUCGUUUUCUGUUUAUGUCGGAUUUGAAACUGGAGGUUACUGCCUAUGAUUGUUUCCUAACCGUGAUGAUGCAGUCUGGGCAAUUUAAAGUGGACACUGGAUAUGUAUAGUUUAUAUAAUUUAUAUUUAUAAUUUAUUAUAUUCAUGCUUUUUCCAAAAGUAAAUGUCAUUUUUAUGUACACGAGAAGCAAUACUAAAAACAUUUAGAAGAAACCAACCUUUUUGUUUCACACUGCCUUAUCAGUGAGCUUGGUUUCCCUUUAAAGAGGUCGCUCUCUGAUGGUUGGUUUUGAAUUUCUGGACACACCACCCACCCACACAGGGACCGAGUCGCUCUUAAUGGUGGAUCGCAGUCCAAUCAUCAGCGGUUACAAUAACAGGCAUUGUGAAAAGAGGCCCUUCCCCUCCAAUUGCAGAUAUCCCAUUGCAUGAUUAGAAGAAAGGACCUUUGGAGAGAGCUGGAGAUGCAGUCAUCAGUUUAUUAGCGAGGGGAAUCAAAAUCCCAGACAGGAACAGGAAAUGCGAGCUCUUAUCGUUGGAAACUGAUGAAUGAGGAAUCCCCCUAAAGAGCUGAAAGAGCUUUAUUUCUGCCUGUCGUUUCCAUGGAUACCGGUACACAUCUCUCACGAAAAAAACAAAACAAAAAGUGUCAGUGAGGAAAGCUAUAGCGUGUAGCUUGUACAUAAUUAAUACAAGCUAUCGUGAAGGGUUGCUUUUGGUGAAUGUGAUUAUUCUGAAACCUCAGAGCCACUAAUGGAAUCACAGGUUUCACAGGAAAGAUGCACUUUGCAGACCUCGAAGGAACCACAGAAGGCAGAGGAUGCACUGACCUGAGCUGAGGAGUAAAAGGAGACUCCGAGUUGUUCUUGUAGCAUUGAUGUGUGAGCAUGACUCACUGGCUGUGUGGGGGGUGCUGUGUGGGCCGUGUCCUUGCUGCCAGAUCAUUAGCUUUAGCUUCUUCCUCCAACUGCGUGGAGCUCUCUGAAUGUGAUUCUGUCCCACCCGAUGUGUUUACACCACCCUCAUCUUCUUAACGAACUAAGCUUCUUACCUUCCAUUUAUUGAUCUUGUUUUCCUUUGUAAUGUUAUCAGAGGACUUUUUGAAUACCUACAGUAGAGAUAUAUAUAUAAAGCUAUAUCAAGCAGCGAUUUUAAUAUAUUGUAAAUGAUGGCUUGGAUGCAAUGUAUUUAUUUGUUUGUUACAUAUUGAAGAAUAUUCUAUAAAGGGAAAUUUAAGGCUUCAGUAUACUAGACUUAGCUAUUGUGUCACUGGGUUGGAAACCUGUCAUACUGACACAACACACGCCCCUUUUGCAUUAGCUGGAUUACGAUUGGACAUCUCCCACGUGUAGACACGCAAAUAAAUGCAAUGGGUUGUUUUUAAGACACAUUAGUCUCAUUGUAAGGAUGCAAUUUAUAUUAAGCUCAUUUAUGUGUUUUCAUUUUUUGUUUUUGUUGGUAUAUUUCUAGAUUUAAAACCAUUUUUGCACAUUUAAUGAUCAGGGAUUUCUUUGAGCCACAGCCUCGCACCAUCGACGGCCCGGCCUCUCGGCGCUGGCAUGUCGUCAUCUGUCAUCAGUUGGAACUUUGGCUCUGAUCAGACGAGCCAUGAACCGAGUUUCACUUUGCCAAAAUUCAUUUGAUUUAGCACCAGUCCG